AUGCAGAUCAAGUUGCUCCACGUUUUGUUCGCAGGCGCUUCUGCGGCGACUCUUAUCCCUCAGGGUGGUGCUCGUUUCAAUGACGCGUGCCUUCCUCGACUUCCGUCGCGAAUUGUUGCCCGGCUCGGUCAUCAACCCUCGUUCCUUGAGAAUCUUGCCUUCCGAGACAACGGGGACCUUUUGGUGACCCAAAACCAUCCGAAGCCCCAGAUCUACACCAUCAAGCAGCCGUGGUUGAAGAACGCGAGGCUGACCCUGCUGCACGAAUUCCAAGACACGGACGGCGCUGCUGGAGUGGUACAAGUUGCCCCGGACCAUUUUGUCGUGGCCGCGGCCAAGUGGAACGGGUUCAACCCAGUGCCUGCGAGCGCGACACUGCAGUUUAUCAGACUGGCAAAGAAUGGCAGUGUCGCAGAGACAGGCUUCGUCGGCCGAUACCCAGAGCUAGGGCUCUUCAACGGUCUUGCGCGUCUGGGGGACUAUCAGAACAGCAUUCUAGCUGCCGACUCUGCUCUUGGCGUCAUCCACAAGUUCAGCCCACUCACUGGCGAUCAUCACGUGGUCGUCGACGUGCCGGAACUCAAGGCCACCGAUCCCAGCGCACCAGUCCCAAUCGGCGUCAACGGCAUCAAGCUGCACGACUCGCACCUGUACUGGACCAACUCGAACACGGCCAGCAUCUUCCGGCUCGCCAUCACCGAGGACGGAUUGCCUGCCAAGAGCGCAAAGGUGGAGCUUGUCUCUUGCGUGCCUGACGGGCUUGCAAUCGACGACUUUGCCAUCGACGUGCGGGGCAACAUCUGGGUUGCAGCCGUCAUCAAUAAUGAGGGCGUCGUGGUCCGGCCAGACGGGUCCACAGUCAGCGCUGUAGGAUCAGCUGGUGAGAUGACCGUCGCCAGUGGCACGGCACUGGCAUUUGGGAACACUGCCGCGGACAGCCACAUCUUGUACGCCACUACCGCUGGCGGGCUUCCCGCUCCAGUGAACGGGACAGUGAUAGAGCCCGGAAAAGUGGUGGCUAUUGACGCUACUGCAUUCCUUUGCUUAGUGUGUGAUGUCGGAAGAUUGGCAAUUGGGCCUCUCCCUAGGCUGGAUCUUUAA